ACACCUAGAGCUGGUUCAUGGGUUGUAUCCAAAGGAUUAAAUCUUUAAUAAAAUGUUAAGAAAACGGUUCGUUUCUGUCAACGAACGACAUGGGAGUGAAUGUAUUUUGGUAGCGAAGGCUAUAGCAUCAUUAUUAGAGACAUUAAUUGGAAAUGGAGAAAGCUUGAAGUGUUGUGAGUUAUCUGGAUCAACAGUAUUAACAGGCAGUACACCAAAAAUUCUUGAAACCAUUGAUAUUGAGCAUUCUGCUGGUUAUAUUAUCAACAGCACUUGUAAGAGUUUCCACGAAGAGUAUGGAUGUGGAUCUACAACACUUGUUUGUUUGAUUGGAUACUGGGCUAGUGCCUUCCAAGAUCUUGUAGACAUGGGUGUUCCUACUACAGUCAUAGUGAAUACGUUGGAUGAAAUUUCGGAAGAGAUGGAAAAUGUUCUGAAACGAUCACGUAUUUCCCUAAGAAAUAUUCAAGAUGUUGAAUUAGAUCGUCCAAUUUUCCACCAUGAGAUGAAUAAUAUUAUUUUACCUCGAUCCCCGUUGAAUCGGCCCUCACAGCUGCCUAAUAACACUAGCAACAAUCGUGUUGAAGCCAAUACUCUGAAUCAUUGCGAAAGGUUUACGAGUUGUUCUAAAAACUUAUAUACUAUUACGGAAAAUUCGAUGAAAUCUUGCUUCUCGGCAGUGCGUCCUAACCGGUCGUCUUGUAAAUCUAAAGAGGUCGAAGAAAGUAGUAUUCCGGAUGAAUUUGAUGCUUGUUUUGAAGGUCUGUCUGUCAACAAAGAUACAAGUAAUUGUAAUGCUGGUGAAAUAAAAGAAAACCCAAGUGACUUUCCGAUUGAAGAGAAAUUUGAAAAGAACUUGAACGAAAUUUGUGGGUCUUUCUUUAAACUGCCAGAUAUUUAUGGGAAACCGUCCCCACAUAAAAAUACUAAACAUGAGACAAAUGUGGCUAAAAAGAUUCAUAAGAAGACGAAUGUAAGGGAUGUAUUUCUUAGAACUCGCAAUCUCACGGAUGUGUCAUUGCUUCAAUCAACUACAGUACAUUCACAAAUUAUAGAAAAUGAUAGAAAGUGCGUUAAUGUAAACACAACCUUAGGUGAAACUCGUAGCAAUUCAGCGGUAUUUAAGGAAAGUUAUGAAUAUAAACAAAGUUCUUCGACCAUUAAAGGGCCUAAAAGUUUUGAUCCAGAUACAGGCCGAAAUGACAAAAACUGGUUGGAUAUCUUGGGACAUGGCUUAGCCCAUGGAAAAGAGCAUGAAAUGUCGUUGGCGCUGGAGAUUCUUAAAAAGCAGUAUAGUUCAUCAGGGAAGCUCUAUGAUCAAUUCUCGUUUUUGUUGGACAGUAUUUGUGUCCAGACAGUUAUGGGGCCAGUUGUAGAAAAGUCUUGUGUUUUAGAAGGUACAGUCGUUGAACUAUCCAAAGAAAACCAUUCUAUCAUAGCAUGCGAUCCAAAUACCCGAAGACUGAUUGCUUUGGUUAAAGGUGACAUCAGCUACAAUUACCGACACACUGGUUUUAAAGAAUCCGUUCGAGUAACUCGUACUUUGAACAAAGAUGAUUUCUACGACCUAAGUUUGAAUGCCGAAAACGAAUGGUUAGUUGAAGUUAUGUCAUUUAUAAAACGUUCGAAUUUGGGUGUGAUUGCUUUACACGGUCAAAUGGAUAAAGGAUUGCGCGCUAAUUUGCAGACUUUAGGUGUGAUUAUACUUGAAAAUUUGAGCGAUUGUCAGCUUAAUGUUCUUUCCAAAAUGACAGAGACGCCGAUUUUUUCUUACAUCUUGGAUUUCAGCGAACAUGAUUUUGCAAAACAGGUUGUGAUUAAAAUUUGUGCUGACGUUAGAACUGAACAGCCAGCAAACGGUUGUGCAGUUCAAACACCUGUGUUUGGUCAGGUCUGUCUAUGGUCUGUUCAGGAAACUUUCACGUCUGCUCACUCUGCUGUAUAUUCGGUGCUAUUAUGUGGUCCAGUUCAAGAUUUAGUUAACGACAGUGAACAGAGGUUUUGGAAUUGUGCUCAUCGUUUGUACAAUACGUUCGAAGAUCAGUGUGUAUUGCCUGGUGGUGGAAAUAUUGAGGAACGUUGUAUGAAACACUUGAAAUCUAUCAGAGAUCUUAAACAACCUGCAAAAACGCCACCCUGUCUUUGGGUUCAAGAAGACUACGUGUUGUUUCGACCGCUCAUCAUUGACGCAGUAUGCUCGGGUAUGAAUCGGUUUGUUAGAAAAGUGAAUGUCAAUAUUGAAAAUAUACCGUCGAGUCACUUUCCACCAAACGUCGAUAUGAAGGCUGCGGAGAGUUCAAGAACUCUGUUUGACAAUUACGGUUGUAAGUUAAAUAGCUGGAAAGGAGCAAUCAGAAUCGUAAAGCUAUUUCUUACCUCAGAGUACCAUAUAAUUACUGGAAUUUAGAAUGAAAUGAAUGGAAGGUUUUUCUAACUUAACUAACUUAUUCCUACCUAAUUUCGCGUGCACUUAAUUUCACCAGAUUUUCAUUUUUCAUCGACAAAAAAUUGAUUAAAUUACCAGAAGUGGUCUGAAAAUUUUAUCUUUACAGCUUACGUAGCUUUUUAACAGUAAUAAACUAACAACUAUUUAUAUGCUAUAAUUUGCCAAUUGACAACCAUGCACUUUUACAUCAGCAUUCUUUUAUCUUGGAAGAUGAUCAGUAACUGAAAUACCAUCAAAGCAUCAGAUUCCGUCGCGCCCUUGUUGGAACAACAUAUUUCUUUCCAAAAAUCGAUUUUAUCCUACUUUAUCAAAACCUGUCCACCCGAAGCAAAUAAUGCACAUUUAAGAGUAAACUUUCCUGAAUAACAAGAAUACAAUCUUGUCCAAUUUUUGUUAUAUUAUCGAUUGCAUGAAAUCAUUUAAUGCACGCGAGAAUUAUAUUUGUUAAAGAACAUAAAGGCCCACACAGCCAGGACGCGAAUUGGCAACGCGAUGCGAAUUUUAACGUCUUUUAUUUUUCAAAAUUAAAUAAAUUUUAACCUAUCAUAAUAUUCUUGUAUAUUACAUAACAAUGAUACAUUUCGACUGCUCUGGCGUCAAUAGAUUCAAAUUUUUGC